AUGGCAGUUUUGAAAUGGCCUGAUAAAUUGGCUGCGUACACAAUGUUUGAGAUGCAAACAUACUUAACAGAUGUAUGGAAACUAAGUUCUACUCAUGCUAAUGGAAUUUUGAACAUUUGGAAUGGAGUUACUAUGGUAUUGCCAAUUGGGUUUCUCUACCUCGUCGACACGUUUCUGGGAAACUUCUUAAUGCUUCUACUGUCCAGUAUAGCCUACAGUGUGGGUAUGGGGUUUCUUUACAUGUCAACACCGCCAGUCCUCGCCAGUUCCAUGGGCACCUGCAAAGACUACGAACCAAAUUGUAUAUGCGGCACUCAAAAAGUUUUGUUCUACACGGCCUUGGCAUUGUUAGCUGUAGGAAUAGCUGGUCACAGCGUCUCUCUGUAUCCUUUCUUUGUUAAACAGAGAACGAACUUUGACAUUGAUGACGGCAAUAAAAUUUAUUUUCAGAUACUAGGCAUGGUUAUGGUGACCAUUGUGCCACCAAUAAUUGGAGCUAUUAUUCUACCUCGCAUAAAACCAUGGUCAAUCCGCUUUGGAAUUCCGGCAAUCUGUACUGCUGUUGCGACACUUCUAUUCUUGAGCGGCUCGUGUUCGUACAUUAAGCCUGAACCACAGGGGAGUCCAUUGACAAAUGUUUGCAGAGUCUUUGUGGCCUCUACUUUUAAGAUAUCGCAACAAUUUCCUCUUGAUGAUAAAAAACUUUAUAGGAAAGAUGGCCCUGAGCAUCAGUCAUUUUCCCGUACUCGUGUUCUCAGGUUUUCACUCGUCUAUUUCCUUUACAUUAGGCGCAUUUGA